AUGGGCAGCAAGAACCAUGAAAUUGUGCCGACCCCUUUGAUUGAGAAAAUCGCGCGCCUCAGAGGUGGUUCAAGUGGUGUUCAUAAGUCCAUUGCCACUUUGGCCAAGGCUGGGCUGAUCGCUCGCAUGAAGGAAGCCAAAUACGACGGCUACCGACUCACCUACGGUGGCCUGGAUUACCUGGCGCUCCACACGCAUGCUGCUCGCAAAGAUGUCUACAGCGUUGGUAGCCGCAUCGGCGUUGGAAAGGAGAGUGAUAUCAUGAUUGUGGCCGACGAGAAGGGCAAGCAGAAGGUCCUCAAAAUCCAUCGUCUUGGCCGCAUUUCCUUUCGUACCGUAAAGGCCAACCGCGAUUACCUAAGAAACCGUUCUACAGGAUCGUGGAUGUACCUGUCUAGACUGGCUGCCAUCAAGGAGUUCGCUUUUAUGAAAGCAUUGUAUGAAGAAGGAUUUCCCGUACCUGAGCCGAUCGCUCAGUCGCGACACACCAUUGUCAUGUCGUUGGUCGACGCGCUUCCAAUGCGCCAAGUCUCUUCAGUUCCGGAUCCUGCAAGUCUUUACGCAGACUUGAUAGCCUUGAUACUACGUCUGGCCAAGCAUGGCUUGAUACACGGUGAUUUCAAUGAAUUCAACAUCCUGAUCCGCGAAGAAAAAGAUGCCGAAGACCCUUCCUCAAUUACCCUCACUCCCAUCAUUAUCGACUUCCCUCAGAUGGUCUCAAUGGACCACCCCAAUGCCGAGAUGUACUUCGACCGCGAUGUCCAGUGCAUUAAGCGUUUCUUUGAGCGUCGUUUUCAUUUUGUUAGCACGACACCAGGUCCCUUCUACAAGGAUGCCAAGAAGACUGUCGGAAAGGAUGGCGCCAAACGCUUAGAUGCUGCCUUAGAAGCGUCUGGUUUCACUAAGAAAAUGGCAAAGGAUCUGGAAGCUGCCAUUCGCGAACAGCAGGAGUCGAGGAAUGACGAGGAGGACUCGGAUGACUAUGAAGAAGACUCUGAUAAGGAAAAGGCUAGUAACGAGGACACUGAUGUGGAUGAUGGAAGGCUUCAAGUAAUUGGAGAUCAUGUUCAGUUAGGAACCGAAGGAGACUUGAAGAAGCUAACAAUCAACGAUGGAACCUAA